UGGUUUUGUUUCGCACACCUGGCAACCCGCCGGCUAAAGCUAAAAGUGAGGGUUUUAACCAUAGUGAAAGAAGGGCUAUUGUGGAAUAUUUUCGACGGAUGUUAGAUUCGAUGCCGAUUUAACGUUACAGAGGUUAGGGACAUUAACCAGCUCCAGAGUUGAAAUACGAAUGUAAUGAAACUCAUUAUGUGUCCCGGUUUGUUAUUAAUUGCAGUGUAUUGUGUUGGCAGCGAGUACAGGCUCUGAAUCUGGUGCUCAUUUCACAACAGACCACCAAUGAAGGUUAGCAAUAUUCCCAUCAUCCUAUAAGAAGAGAAACUCCACAUCUGUGUCAUACUAUGGUAAAGACUGAGCUUGUUAAAGUAGAGAUUGAUGACAUGAGUGAUCCAGAAACAUCCAGAAACAAUUAUGAAGAAACUGAGGAAGAAACAGAUCGGAUGGAAGUGAAAGAGCAAAGACAAGAACUAAACGAGGAGGAGGAACAUUGUAACUUCAAAACCCGAAGAAAAUCCAAAAAGCGGCACAUGUGCUCACAGUGUGGAAAGAGUUUCAGACUUAAAUUAGGUCUCAGUAAUCAUCUGUGGCGCCACUCUGGAGAAAAGCCAUUUAACUGUGAUCAAUGUGGUAAAAAGUAUACUUCGUUAUCAAAUCUAAAUCUUCACCUGAAAGUUCAUUCAGAUGAGAAGCCUUACGCGUGUUCUGUCUGUGGAAAGAGUUUCUCUCGGCUGGACUGUUGUAAACAGCAUCAGAAAACACAUGAUGAAGUGAGAGAUCAUGUGUGUUGUGAGUGUGGGAAGAGCUUUACUACAGCCGGCCAGUUGAAACAGCAUCAAAUAAUUCACACUGGAGAAAGACCUUACAAGUGCUCCUAUUGUGACAAGAGUUUCACUCAGCCUGGAAACCUGAAAUCUCACGAGCGUGUUCAUACUGGAGAGAAGCCGUACCAAUGUACUCAGUGUGGAGAGCAUUUCAAAUAUUCAACUAUUCUCAAUGAUCACAUGCGCGUUCACUCUGGAGAAAAGCCAUUUAACUGUGAUCAGUGUGGUAAAGAGUUUAAUUCAUCAUCAAAUCUAAAAAAACACCUGAAAGUCCAUACAAAUGAGAGGCCUUAUGUGUGUCCUUACUGUGGGAAGAGUUUUUCAGUGUUGGUCAGUUGUAAUCUGCACCAGAAAAUCCACACUGGUGAGAAAGAUCACUUGUGUUGUGAGUGUGGGAAGGGCUUUACUACACUUGGCCAACUGAAAUGCCACCAAAAAAUUCAUACUGGAGAAAAACCCUACAAGUGCUCAUAUUGCGACAAGAGUUUCACUCUGUCUUCACAACAGAAAUCACAUGAACGAAUUCAUACCGGAGAGAAGCCGUACAGCUGUACUCAGUGUGGAGAGAGUUUUAGACAUUCAAACUCUUUAGUGAAUCAUAUGAAAAAGCAUUUUCCAUCAAGUCCAUCCAGUUAGUGGGGAAGUUGUGGCCAAAUGGUUAGAGAGUUGGACUCGUAACCCAAAGGUUGCGGGUUCGAGGCUCGUACCGGCA